AUGCAACAACAAUUCCUUUGCAGCUACCACAACAACCUCAUUUUCACCGUCGACAACCACAGCUGCACCAGCGGCAAAUACAGCUCUUGUUACAACUACAGUAGCAUCUACAACAACAGCAACUCCAACAACAACCACUGCGGCUCCCAAAACAACCACAGCUGCACCAACGACAACCACAGAUUCACCUACAGCAACAACAGCUUCUCCAACAACAAACACAGCUGCACCAACGACAACCACAGAUUCACUUACAGCAACAACAGCUUCUCCCACUACAACCACAGCAUGCAACAACAAUUCCUUUGCAGCUACCACAACAACCUCAUUUUCACCGUCGACAACCACAGCUGCACCAGCGGCAAAUACAGCUCUUGUUACAACUACAGUAGCUCCUACAACAACAGCAACUCCAACAACAACCACUGCGGCUCCCAAAACAACCACAGCUGCACCAACGACAACCACAGAUUCACCUACAGCAACAACAGCUUCUCCAACAACAAACACAGCUGCACCAACGACAACCACAGAUUCACUUACAGCAACAACAGCUUCUCCCACUACAACCACAGCGUCUCCCACAACAACCACAGUUGCAGCUACCACAACAAGAGCUGCAGCAACAACAUCCGAAGCGCUGGCAUUAACAACCACAGCUGCACCUACUGCGACAACAGCUUCUCUCACAACAACUGCAGAUGCAACAACAAUUCCUCUGCUACUACAAUCACAGCUUCUCCCACAACAACCACAGCUUCUCCCACAACAACCACAGCGUCUCCCACAACAACCGCAGUUGCAGCUACCACAACAACCUCAUUUUCACCCUGCACCAACGACAACCACAGAUUCACCUACAGCAACAACAGCUUCUUCAACAACAAACACAGCUGCACCAACGACAACCACAGAUUCACUUACAGCAACAACAGCUUCUCCCACUACAACCACAGCUGCACCAACAGCAACAACAAUGCAGCUACAACAACAAAAGCUUCAGCAAAAACAACCGAAGUGCUAGCCUCAACAACCACAGCUGCUCCAACAACAACAGCUUCUCCCACAACAACCACAGCUUCUCUUAUAACAACCACAGCGUCUCCCUUGCAGCUACCACAAGAAAAGCUGCAGCAACAACAUCCGAAGCGCUGGCAUCAACAACCACAGCUGCACCUACUGCAACAACAGCUUCUCUCACAACAACUACAGAUGCAACAACAAUUCCUCUGCACCAACAGCAACAACAGUUCCUGUUACAACUACAAUGGCUCCUUCAACAACAGCAGCUUCAACAACAACCCCAGCUGCUCCCACAACAACCACAGCUGCAGCAACAAUAACGAUAGCUCCACCUACAGCAACCACAGAUGCUUCCAAAUCGACCUCAGCGUCACAUUCAACAACCGAAGCUGCCCCUACAGCAACAACAGCUUUUCCCACAACAACCACAGCUACACCAACGACAAUGGCUCCAACAACCACAGCAGCUCCAACAAAAACCCCUGCUGCUCCCACAACAACCACAGCUACACCAACGGCAACCACAGAUUCCCCUACAGCAACAACAGAUUCUCCAACAACAACCUCAGCUGCUCCCACAACAACCACAGCUUCAUCAACUACAAUGACAGAUUCACCUACAGAAACAACAGCUUCAUCAACAACAACCACAGCUGCACCAACGCUGAACCAACAACAACCACAACUCCACCUAAAUCGACAACUGCCACUACCACAAUGAGCACAGCUUCACCUUCAACUUCUACAACCACAGCUGUACCUACAGCAACAACAGCUUCUCUCACAACAACCACAGAUGCACCAACGCUCAGCUUCACCUUUGACAACCACAGCUGCACCUACAGCAAAAACAGCUUCUCCCACAACAACCACAGCUGCAACAACGGCAACAACAGUUCCUGUUACAACAUCAAUGGUUCCAACAACAACAGCAGCUCCAACAACAACCACAGCUCCACUUACAGCGAACACAAACGCUUCCACAACAACCUCAGCUUUACCGUCGACAACCACAGCUGCACCAGUGGCAAAUACAGCUCUUGUUACAACUGCAGUAGCUCCUACAACAACAGCAUCUUCAACAACAACACCAGCUGCUCCCACAGCAACCACAGCUGCACCAACAAUAACCACAGCUCCACCUACACUGCACAAACAGCAACAACAGUUCCUGUUACAACUACAAUGGCUCCUUCAACAACAGCAGCUUCAACAACCCCAGCUGCUCCCACAACAACCACAGCUGCAGCAACCUACACCAACAACAACCACAGAUUCACCUACAGCAACAACAGCUUCUCCAACAACAACCCCAGCUGCUCCCACAACAACCACAGCUUCAUCAACUACAAUGACAGAUUCACCUACAGAAACAACAGCUUCAUCAACAACAGCCGCAGCUGCACCAACGGCAACAACAGUUCCUGUUACAACAUUAAUUGCUCCAACAACAACAGCAGUUCCAACAUCAACCCUAGCUGCUCCCACAACAACCACAGCUGCACCAACGUCAACCAUUGCUCUGCCUACAGCGACAACAGCCACUUCCACAUUGACCUCAGCUUCACCUUCGACAACCACAGCUUCACCUACAGCAACAACAGCUUCUGUCACAACAACUACAGAUGCACCAACGGAAACAACAGCUGCACCUACAGCAACAACAGCUUCUCUCACAACAACUACAGAUGCACCAAUGGCACCAACAAUUCCUGUUACACCAACAAUGCCUUCAACAACAACAGCAGCUGCAACAACAACAACAGAAGACCCAACAAUAACCACAGCUCCACCUACAUCGACCACAGAUGCUUCCACAUCGAACUCAGCUUCACCUUCAACAACCACAACAGCAACUACAGCAACAGCAGCUUCUCUCACAACAACCACAGCUGCACCAACGGAAACAACAGUUCACGUUACAACAACAAUGGCUCAAAAAACAACAGCAGCUCCUACAUCAACCCCAACUGCUCCCAAAACAACCACAGCUGA